AAGCCGCGGAGACCAGGCAGGGGUUUCUUUGGGCUGCCGGUUUCACCAAACCCUCCGCUUCCACUCGGCACUGGCCGGAGCCGAGAAGCGUCCCACUAAGCAAGGAAGCUCUUCCUUGCCCCAGCCGGUGCUGCAGCUUGCAGGGGUCACCUCCGUCUCCCGGGGAGGUUAUGAAGCUCACUAAAGCCCAGUACGAAGAGGUGGUUCAGUUCCUGGCUCAGGUACCGCCUACCAGGCAGAGCCUGAGGAAACUGAAGGAGAAAUUCCCCAGUCAAUCGCAGUCCACUCUGCUGAGCAUCUUCUCCCAGGAGUACCAGAAAUUAAUUAAAAGAACACAUGCAAAACAUCAUACUCCAGAGGCAACUGAAGCUUACUAUCAAAGAUACCUGAAAGGUGUGUCUAAAAAUGCAGCCUCUCCUGUAUUAUUGGAACUGGCCAAUGAGGUGGAUUUUGCCCCAUCACUUAUGGCUCGAAUUGUGUUAGAAAGAUUUCUACAAGAACAAGAUGGAUCAGUACCUUCAAAAACUCUCAUAAACAAUCUGCUACGACAUCCUUCUCAGAUUCCAGAUGGAGUUUUAGCCAAUCAGGUCUAUCAGUGCAUUGCGAAUGACUACUGUUAUGGACCAUUGGUGGAUUGCAUCAAACAUGCAAUUGGAUAUGAGCAUGAAGUCUUACUGCAAGAAAUGCUUCUGGAGAGAAAUAUAUCAUUUCUAGCUGAAGAUCAGUUACGUGCAAAGGGUUAUGACAAAACACCAGACUUUAUAUUAGAAGUGCCAAUUGCUGUAGAAGGCCACAUCAUUCAUUGGAUUGAAAGCAAAGCCUCUUUUGGUGAUGAAUGCAGCCAUCAAGCAUACUUAAAUGACCAGUUUUGGAGCUAUUGGAACAGAUUUGGUCCUGGAUUAGUGAUCUAUUGGUAUGGAUUUAUCGAGGAACUAGACUGUCAUCGCAACCGGGGUAUCUUGCUCAAAGACUGUUUCCCUACUGACAUUACUGUCCUUUGAGGCAGAAUGGCUCAGCCAUGAAGGUGGAAAAGGCAAAUCCGGAAGCAAUUUUAUUUUCCUGAAGUAUAAACUACUGGCAACAUCUGUUCUGAACUUCAGCUGAACUCUUUACUGGCUGGGAUCGCCCUACCACCACUUUAGACAAACACGUCAAGAGUCUCUGUUUUACUUCAACCCCCUGCUGAUGCAAGCAGCCAAAAAAUACCGACACAGCCCAAACAUUAUCAGCAUUUCUGCCUCUGUCAAACAGUUUAUAGAUAGCUGUAAUCUUUCUUCCUUCCGGAUGGCUUCUCUUUGCACUUUCAACAAAAGAAGAAAUCUAGAGGUCAAAAGGUGUGGUUUUCAGUUUUCCUCCCAAUAGCAGAGUCACCUUAAAAAUACAAAAUGUCUUCAGUCCCAAAUUAUUUUCUGGGAAAUGUUAAAAACUUGUUAAUACCAAGAUAAUUAAUGUCAAUCUCCAUUUUCCCAGGCUCAUUUUGGGCCAAAAUAGGGUAAAAAAGCAAGUCACCCAUUGAUGCAUUAUUCUAAGCCUGAAUUUCUUGGCUUUUAGGGUAUUAGCAAGACCAUUGACACUUCUAUAAGAAUCUAGUGUCCUUGAAAGUGAAAACAUAAAAAUGUAGAAAUGCUUUGUCUUCAAACAAAAAGCUUUGCAUAUUGUUUCUUGAAUUAAAACAUAGGCAUGUUUAUGGAUUGUAGAAGAUGUAAUGGACAUUUUAAUCCUGAUGUUUUAAAGCAAAAUAAAGUGGGUCAUUGUUUGAGCCUUGAUCUUGUCCUGAUAAUCUGUCUUGCAAAGAAGAUAUUUUUAAAAUCAAAAUUAAGGCAAAGGAUUUCUUUAGACAAUGUAUUGUGGACAUGGCCUAGAAAGCAGAGCUCUGAACCUUACAUUUUUGAUCUACAUAUUAGUCAUGUUUAUAAGCAUAGAAAAUUAUUGCAAAAAAAGACAUAUACUCACAUUUAGCUAGUUGGGUCAUGUAGCAGAAUUAGUAGACUGGGAUUACAUUUCAUAGCUGCUUUAAAGGACAGGUUUCCAAUCCAAUAACUUUUCAGGCCAUUUUUUUUCCUUCACAUCUUAUGAUGACACUUAUUUUUAUGAUUUGAAAGAGUAAAAUAAACCUCUAUAUGUUUUUAUCAUUUAAAAUUCUUUACGAGUUUGUUACAAUUCCAGGCUCCUUAAAGUCAUGUCUGUCCUGAACAUAAUUACUUGAAGCAGAAGUAUUCAUUCAUUCCUAUCAAGAAUUCUAUGUAAAAUGUAUUUUGAUGCCUAGAUUGGUAUGUAUUCUAGGUUAUAUAUUCAUAUCUCCAGUACGCAUUUUAGAUUUAGCUUUUCUGUUAGUGACACAUAUAGAAUUCAAAUAAAAUAUUACAGUACUGAUUCAUAAUAUACCAUCUAACUUAUAUGUAACUGAAGACAUCCAUUUCACUACAACUUGCUCAACAAUUUGAAUUUGAAUCUAGGAAGAAGUGAGAUUCUGAAUCCCAAAUUUUUCUUGCUUGCUCUUUCAGUUCCUUUUUUCUAUCUUUUCCCUUUUUUCUUCUGUCUUUCCUCUCCCCUCUCCCCCCACUCCAAGCCAUUCAAGGAGCAUUUUUCAAAAUAUCUGUUUGACCUGGAAUCACUUUUCUUAUGUCCUUUCUUUAUCAUACACAUUUUCUGCACUUAUCCAAACAUGUGCACACCAAUAUGGAAUCCAGAAUGUUCAGAGGGAAAAGGAGGAAUUAAAGGCUACCACUUCAUUUUAGAUCAGGUCCAACUGCCUAGCAUGUUUCUUAUGAUUAUGUUCUAAAAUUUUCUUUUAAAAAAAUCCUAUUUGCAAAAACUCACUUGCUAAGAAAAACAGAGAUCUUGGUAAAUGCCAGAGGUGUCUAUGAGCAUUAUGGCAACCAUGUAUGUUUUGUUAAAUACUUCAUGCCUUUAUAUAUCCAUUAGAUCAUUCUGCCGAGCUGCGAGUUGCUGAGUUUUUCCAGACACCAAUUCUUUCAAAUAAAUAUUUUUGCUUUAAAAAAGAAAUAAUCCUUCUCUGUCUUUUAUUAAAAUAAACAGCCUCUUUCCCACCCAGCAAUACUACCCCACGAUAUCUUGACGACUUGGCAGAGAUAACCCUGCAUUUUUUGCCAUUUCUUUGGAAGAUCAAACUUUUCAUCAGGGCCUUAUUUCAAACAGCUGUAGGUCAGCAAGUUAUUUGUAUUCAACAUGAUGCAAUGGGCUGCUUGAUUUACUGAUACUUAAAAAUGACAGAAGAAAUUUUCAGU